CCCCUCUGCUUCUUCCUCCCUCUCCUCUGCUUACCUCACUAGUUCACUUCCCAUUAGCGACUCUCAGCAACAAAAUCAUUAAUUUUCAUUAUCCCCUCUUUUCUUUAUUUUUUUCCCUCCCUUUUCUCUUUUGUUUUAUUCUAUUUUCUUCACAAACUCCUUCUAUUGUCCAUUCUCUAUUCUCUUCCCCUGUUUUGCUCCCUUUUUCCACCUUUGUAGACUCCCCUCUGCCUCUCUCUCUCUCUCCUUCCUCUUAUCACCACACGAGUAACUCAGUAGAGAAGCCAUUAACAGCGAAACAGAGAGAAAGGGAGGGGGCAAAAAGGAACAAAAAGACCAGGGAAAUAGAUUUAAAAAAAAAACAGAGGGAUGAUUCUCCAUCGCCAUACCUCGACCUCUACUUCUGGGUCUUCUUCCCUUCAUCGUUAAACUUCACAGAUUCAACUCCUCUCAAAAUUUCCUACUCUGAUUUCUUGGAUCUGAUUGAGAAAGUAGAGAAAGAAAAGAAAAGUCUGCAGCUUUUUUAAAAAAAACUUUUUUUAUCCUUUUUUUUCUUCUUGCUUCCUCUGUUUCCGAUGGAGCCAGAUCUUCACCAUCUUCACCACCAGCAGCAAUCGAACCAGAAGCAAAUGAAUUCCGGCGGACUGACGAGGUACCAAUCGGCUCCGAGCUCCUACUUCACCAGUUACCUGGAAAAAGAGCUCUGCGACGAGCUCUUAAAUCGCCCUUCCAGCCCGGAAACAGAGAGGUUCUUCGCCAGAUUUUUAGCCAACACCGCCAGCUCCGACGGGUUGCAGCCCGACCCGGUUCUCGCCCCGGUUAAGCAAGGCUCUCCCCCUUUACAACAAGGGCUGGAUGAUUACUCUUCCGGGUCGCGGAGCUUCUACCCGCCGCCGCCGCCAAGCAGCCAGUCCCGCCCACCAUUGCCGUCGGCUCCGGCCAUGGAUUACAGCCGCUUGCCGCCGACUCCGCCACCACCAGCAUCGAAAUCUGGCGGUGGGAACAACUCAUCGAAUCUCGUCAGGCACAGCAGCUCCCCUGCUGGGCUUUUCUCCAAUAUCAACAUUGAGUUCGAAAAUGGUAUCUUUCUUUGAGCAUUCAAUUCUUCUGUCUACCCUUUUUAGUACUCUCUCCCAAGGUUUCAUCUUUGGUCUUAUUUCUAAGAAAGGAAGGGUCUUUGGUAUGUGGGGAGGGGAGAAAUUUGUUUUGGAAGGGGCAAAAAGUUUGAGUCUUUGCUUGAAUGUGUUGAUUUUGUGGUGCCUGUUUAUAGUAAAGUUUUUGAGGUUUUUCUGUUUGGUCUUUAAUGAAAUUGAAGGAAGCAGUCUAUAAUCAAGUAAGCAACUUGUUGGCUUAUAAUAAAUUGACACUUCCAACUAUUGUCUCUCUUCCUAAGCUUAUAAACAAUCAUUUGAACUUAACCCAAGUGGGAGGCGAAUUUUAUUUGUUUGCAUCUCUUCCUUACAACCCUUUUGAGGUACAAGAUUGUACUAUGUAACUAAGAUGUUUUUCGCCACCAACUUAUGAAUUAAUUAACCCCACUUGCAGAAUUCCUCUGUUCCUUUCUUAUUAUUGGGGUAUGCUGUGAUUCGAGGGAUGGGAGAUUUUGUUGGGAAUAGGGAGUCAUCAGGGAGGAUGAGUCCCAUAGCUGAGAUUGAUACAAAGGACAACAUUGUUGAAGCCAUUAACAGUACUAGAGCUGAGAGUUCGUCAGAUUUCGGAGAGGCUCAUCAUCCUGGUAACUAUGCUGGUUCUACUGCUGGGUUCCCCAUGGGUUCUUGGGAUGAUUCUGGCAUCAUGAAAGGUGGGCUCUCUGAGGAUGACAGAACUUUCUCUGGUCUCAACGAUUCUCAGCAGGAUGUGGAGGGAGGAGGGAACCGUCCACCAAUGUUGGCACAUCACUUGAGCCUGCCAAAGACGGCGGCAGAGAUGUCGGCUCUGGAGAAGCUGCUGCAUCUUCAAGAUUCCGUGCCUUGCAAGAUUCGAGCCAAGCGAGGUUUCGCCACUCAUCCAAGAAGCAUCGCUGAGAGGGUGAGAAGAACACGAAUCAGCGAACGAAUGAGGAAGUUGCAAGACUUGGUGCCAAACAUGGACAAGCAAACCAACACGGCAGACAUGCUAGAUUUGGCCGUUGACUACAUCAAAGAUCUCCAAACACAAGUCAAGGUAAUGGCAGAUUCUCGAGCCAAAUGUACGUGUACAAGUACAAGUAUGCAUCAAUCAUAGCAGAAAAAACCCCUAAACUGAAAGGGAUCAGCUUCCAUUUCCUGGCUAAGCCAUAUAUAUGUAUACAAGUAAUAAGAAUAGUCUGCCUUCUACCCAUGAAAAAUUGAAAAAGAAAGGAGUUUGAUGAUAGAAAGAAGCAGAUUAUUAAAGCUAUAGCAGGAGCUUUGGUAUAUUUAUAUCUGUUGUCAAAAAGGGGGAAAUAUUCAAUGGCAGAAAAUAGAAGAUGAAUAGGAGCUGUACAGUGAUUAGCUUGGCCUGUUGUAGACUUGUUAGUGUUGUUGUGACAUAAUUAUUAUUAUUAUUAUGAUUUAUGAUUACUAUUUUUUCCAUUCCCACUUUGUUUUUGGGGUAUUGCCUCCAGAUUAUGUGAUUUUUGUAAGAAUGUAUAGGGCUAAGAUUAUGAUGAAGAUUAACAGAGUCG